AUGGUCAUGGAGAAAAUCGAGUCUCAGUUAGAGCACAAAGCUCUCGAAAACCGAGUGCGUGCCAAGCGCAAGAAAUUCAAAAACAUGCCUACAAUCCCCAUUACCGACCUCGACCCGAGUGAAAUUCCACAUCACUUUAACCUCACCCAAUGUCUACCCACCGAGUUUGAACUUUCUCCUAGUAAGACUGAAAAGGUCUUCCUCCCUCCUCAUUUGAACUCUAUACUCGUAGAAUAUGACGUGGCAACCGGGGGCUCACCCACAAAUGAGGCCUUGAUACGGUCUCGCAUUGAUGUGAUUAUCCUGACAACUCUGGCUAAGAUGAAGCGGGAGCUUGUUGCAAAGCCCCAUAUAUCCGUUGCCUCCUCCGCAUCACCCCAGUCUGUUCACCUGCAAUUCGGACGCAAGAUAGAAUUCAUUUGGAAAAGCGAUAAUCAACGGGUAAGACUUUCCGGCAUCAUCAACUACUCGCUUUGGUAUGGCAUGCCUGAUGAACAUGCGACCAAUAUGGCAAUGAUUGAAGCGGAAAGACCGGACUUGCUUAAAGGCGGUAUGUUGCGGUGUCUUGCAUACAUGGCGAUGAUCCAUGAGACGAGGAAGCGGGCUAAAAUUCCGGACACAUCAGUGUGUGGAAUUGCAACAGACAGUUUCGAGUGGGUGUUCAUCCGGAUUCGUCCAAAUGGCGAGUGGACCAAGAAGGCCUACCACUGGGUACACAGUGCGCAAGAGAUUGUCUCGAUGCUGGAAAAGAUUCUUGCCCAUGCUGCGGGAUUCGAUCCACAAACCGGCCGCCAAAGGUGGAACCAUGGACCUGAGAUGGAGUUCUCAACUUUAUUGAAGCAGCCGAAGUCAAAGCCGAAGCCGAAGCCAAAACGAGAAAAUGUGAUCCCCUGUUCUUAG